AUGAAAAACAAAAUCUUUCAUACGAUUUUGUUCGAUGAAUAUACAUCUGUUGGAACUCGUAAAAUAAUGAGUUUUAAACGAACCAGCGAUUUUAAUUUCUCAAUAAAUUAUGGAAAUUUAAAUGAAAAUGUUUUAAAAGAUUUUGGACCAACUGAUAUAGCUGUUGCUAAGGUUACAGGAUUGUCCGAUAUCACCAAGAAGCAUAACGAUAACGGUAUAGAACAACCUAAAGUAAAGGUUACCUUACAGUUAUCUGAUUCUGGUAUUGUAUCCGUAAUUGAUGCCGUUGCAACUUUUGAGCAUCAGACUAUUUCAGAUAAGAUAAGGACAUUCUUUGGUGUCAAUAACAAUAAAUCAGAUGAAGCACUUAAAGAAGUACCAUUUUCUGAUGAAUCUGCCUCUUCGGAUAAUGCAUCGCAACUUGUUUCAGGGGAAAACAACACACAGACUAAUGUAACUGAACAAAUUCAGAAAAAAAUCGAGUCAAUUCCAUUGAAUCUUGAGGUUGAAUAUCUUGGCAUAACACCUAUGGGAUUUAAUGAGAAAGAUGCAGCCAUAAGACGGUUACGCACCAUGGAUGAGACUGAUCACCGACGUCGAGCACGUGAAGAAGUCAGAAAUAACCUUGAGUCUUUUGUUUAUAAUUUGCAAGACUUUUUGUCGGAUCAAAUUGUAAUUAAAGUUAGUACCGAUAAGCAACGUAAAGAAUUAGCAACAAAAUCUUCUGAAACAUCUGAAUGGCUAUACGAAGAAGGUGAAGAUGCCCCAAUAGAAUCCUUACUAACGCGUCUUAAUGGUCUAAGGUUACUUGAGAAACCAAUCGUAUAUAGACGCGAUGAGCACACUCGACGUCCUGAAGCAGUCAACGCGAUUCAAUCAGCCAUAAAUAGUACCCGUGAAUUUGUAGAAAAAAUUAAAGUGAAUACAACCGUUGAACGGUAUCAUACAGACGAAGAACUUGAUAAAUUAUUGAAUGUGUGUAAUAAGGCUGAGAAAUGGCUUGAUGAGAAACUAACAGAACAAAAUAAAAUUGAACCUUAUGUCGAUCCCGUUUUGACUACGGCAGAAAUUGAAAGGAUGUUACGGGAGAUAGAACGCGAAUUUUUAAUUGUAGCUACAAAGAGACCACCGAAGAGAAAAGCAACUCCAUCAGCAACUAAUGAUAGCGAAAGUACUAAUAACGUUAAUAAUACCGAUUCUGAUCAAAAAUCAACCACAACUCAAGUUGUUAAAGAAUCCCCCCCUACACAUGAAGAAUUGUAA